AUGGCGACCGAAGCAGCUCCACCCCCGAGCCUUGAGGCUCAGCAGCACGAGGAGUACAUCGAUUACUCUGAAGACGACUCGACAAUGCCUGCCGUCGCGGCCAAAGACUCCAACAAUAACUCAUUCUCCGUCAAUGCUCAGUUUGGGGCUGAUACUUCAGAGAACACAAAGAUGCUGCCUUCAAAGUCAGACCAUCGAACCCAAGCUAUCGACUUCCAGGUUGACGCUGAUAUUGAGGCCAUUUCUGUGGUUUCUGAUGCAAAGUUGGAUGGCGACGGCGCAGAAUUCAUUCCUAUAGUCGACACUGAAACCGCCCCUCAAAUCGAUGCUACGGAAACCGAGGUUGGUUACUUCGACGAAACCGAAGACCUGGGUGCGGUCAAUCGUACGGAAGCCGAUGGUGCUUACAUCAACGAGAACGAAAUCAGCUGGGAGGAUGGUCCCAGCAAUGAGCAGGAUGCAGAUCAAGAGGGCAGUCACGUCAAAAUCGACAAUGAUGACUGGCAGCUAGUUGGCGAAGCAGACCACGUUGCACAAGAUGCUACAAACCUCAACCUGAGAUCUUCUGAACACGAAAAAGUAGAGAACCAUGAAAUCGAAUUAGCGCUCGAGGGUCCUCCAGAUGCCUUUGGCAACCUGGACACCGACCUUGAGGCGACUGCUAUUGUCGACGUUGAUCCUGCCCCGGGAGAGCAGCAAGCCGCUGGGACCCAAGAUUCGGAGGCAGAUGAUGAUGUGAACGAGAUAGAUUAUCCCGAGAACGAGAACGGAGAUUCAGCCGUCGAUGCCUUAGCAGAUGUCAGUGACGCCCAGUUCGAGCGUCCGGAUAAUGAUGAGGAAAGCCUCGGUAACGCCCCGAGCGAACAAGACGCCGAGGACCAUACCAUGGGCGAAGAUCACGACUCUCAACUCGAACAAGAGGUCGAAAGCAACAUAGCUGCUAACGAUGAAGGCAAUGACGAUGAUGAGGUCAACGACGAGCAACGCGAUGACACAGUCGCCAAUGUUCCAGACUACGUCGCGCCAGGGGAGGCUACAUCGGACCACGAGCAUGUUGAGUACGAUGACAAGAUGCUUGCCGAUGCGCGAUCUUCAGUUUCGGCAGAAACGCCAUCCAAUGAGGAUAUGGAUAUCCCCGUCAUCACGGUCUCAUACAAGGGCAUCGACUAUCCCUUCUUUUAUGGCUCCCCGGAUAGCGAAGGCAAGGAAUGCUUCUUCAAUGACCUAUCCCUUCUGCACUGCAAAAUGGAAGGAGUAUUGGCAGGUUUCCGUCGAGAGCUUGCCAAUGAACUCGGUCCAUUUGACGAGCUUGUGUUCCAGAUCGACGAGCUUGGACUUGAGUUUGCUGAAAUUAUCUCCGUGUUUGACUCACUGGUCAAGAACCAGAACCCUGACGCGUCGAAGCCGCUUUACGCAUAUCUUUCUACGCGACCGAACUGCAAGAAGAGAUGGCUUUCACUGGUCGAUGAUGCCUACAAUGGUAAAGGCCUUGAUGAGAUCAGCUUCUAUUUCGCAUCCAGGGCGCAGAGUGAAGAUCCUGAAAUCAUGGAUGAUGAGCCUGACCUGAUUGGAGAGGAGGACAAUGCCGAUGCUGCUGCGUGGCCACAGUCCCCUGGCGAGAGCGAUCGUAAUGACCAGAACGACGAGACUCAGGGUGAAGCUGGCGAGACCAACGAGGAAGUUAACGAGUAUGACGACGUUGGCGAUGGCACCGCCGGAGAUAAUGAUGCAGAGUCACAAAAUGGCGCCUACGAGGAUUCUAUCCAGCCAGAGGCGACCGCUGUAGAAGAUCUGGAUGCCGAGACGACCAUGGUCGACAAUGAGGCUGCCCUCCUGGACGAGUCCACCGUAGCUGCCGACAUUGACACCGUUGAAGACGCUGGCGCGGUGGACACGAUGGAGGACCAGCAGCCCGAACACGACGGAGAGAAUGGUAAUGCCGACUGUUUCCUAUCAACUCCUUGCUUUUACCCCAGUUUUUGCAUUUGUACCACUUGCGGUUCGACCUUCGCUGCAGCACAGAUGGCGGAGGAUGAUGACUUCCGAUACGAGUCUCUGGUGCGGACGACCAGAGAGUCGGCUAGACGACAGACGCCCUUUGAACUUGGUCAUUCGCAUGUGGAGGCUCACAAGGGACCCCUUGCCCGAACAGCCUUUCGCCACUUGCAGUCUCAUUCUGACGUUAGCAUGGCUUUUUCUUCAACCACAGAUGCUGACAAUACAAUUCAAGCUCCAGAAGUAAAUGCGUCUAACCCACUUGUGUGGGAUACGGAAGAACCUGAUACGUUCAACACUACUGAGGACGCCCAAACCUUUCCAGAAGACGAGGACCUCACGCACAGCUUAGACCAGAUCGUCGAAGGCGUCGAUGUGAACUCAGCAGACAAGGUAACCCCCAAUACCAGUGCCACAUCGACUCUGAACGGCGACGAAGAGGCCACCUACGACAAUGAGCUUGAUCUCAAUGCCGACCUUCCUGGAGACGGAAUUGUUGGCGCUGAGGUUCAUGGUCAGGACGAUGAACUGGCAGAAAUUGAUUGGAGGGAGUUUCCUGGACAAGACGAUGAUGCGCCGAAGUCUCCUUCGAUCUCUGGCAAACGCCAGAGAUCGGAUGUGGACGACCUGCUGGAUGACGAAGCCCAGAAAGGUGUGUUCCAUGUCUUCAAAGAACGCAGGAUGUACCCGACUAACCGUGCUUUAGACGUCAAGCGUCGUCGGUCCUGA